AUGAACCUGACUGCGAACUUGACCUCCUCACUCCUGGGCACCGUGCCCUCUCUGGAGCCCAACGGCAGCCGGGACGCCUAUGCCGCACACCACGACGUGCCCUUCCUCUCGGUCUUCGGGGUGCUGGCCCUCACCUUGCUGGGCUUCUUGGUGGCCGCCACCUUCGCCUGGAACCUGCUGGUGCUGGCGACCAUCCUCCGCGUGCGCACCUUCCACCGUGUGCCCCACAACCUGGUGGCGUCCAUGGCCGUCUCGGACGUGCUGGUAGCCGCGCUGGUCAUGCCGCUGAGCCUGGCGCACGAGCUGGCCGGGCGCCGCUGGCAGCUGGGCCGGCGGCUGUGCCAGCUGUGGGUGGUGUGCGACGUGCUCUGCUGCACGGCCAGCAUCUGGAACGUGACGGCCAUUGCGCUGGACCGCUACUGGUCCACCACGCGGCACCUGGAGUACACGCUGCGCGCGCGCAGGCGCACCUCCAACGCCAUGAUCGCGCUCACCUGGGCGCUGUCGGCCGUCAUCUCGCUGGCCCCGCUGCUCUUCGGCUGGGGGGAGACGUACUCGGAGCGCAGCGCGCAGUGCCAGGUCAGCCGCGAGCCCUCCUACACCGUGUUCUCCACCGUGGGCGCCUUCUACCUGCCGCUCUGCGUGGUGCUCUUCGUGUACUGGAAGAUCUACAAGGCCGCCAGGCUCCGCGUGGGCGCCAAGAAGACCAACAGCGUGUCGUCGUUGCCCGAGGCUGUGCAGGUGAAGGACGCCGCCCAGCAGCCCCAGAUGGCAUUCACGGUGCGCCACUCCACCGUCACCUUCCACACAGAGGGGGAGUCGUGGCGGGAGCAGAAGGAGCAGAGGGCGGCCCUGAUGGUGGGCAUCCUCAUCGGUGUGUUCGUGUUGUGCUGGAUCCCCUUCUUCAUCACUGAGCUGGUCAGCCCCCUCUGCUCCUGGGACAUCCCUGCCAUCUGGAAGAGCAUCUUCCUCUGGCUGGGCUACUCCAACUCCUUCUUCAACCCCCUCAUCUACACCGCCUUCAAUAAGAACUACAGCAGCGCCUUCAAGAAUUUCUUCUCUAAGCAACACUGA